CACCGGUCGCUAACACGAUCAGCGGCGCAUAGCGGCGGUCGUUGACACUUUGACAGUUCAGCUUUCAGCUCAGCUCACCGUCGCCAUCAUUUUAUAGAUCGAAGGAAUUAUUCGCCGUUGUUGUUGCGCCGAAAAUUUGGGCUAGAGUUGGCGAGGAAAAAACUGUAAAUCAAGAUGAUCGGAGGCCUCUUCGUGUACAACCACAAGGGGGAGGUUCUCAUCUCUCGGGUGUACCGGGACGACAUCGGACGCAAUGCCGUGGACGCUUUCCGCGUCAACGUCAUCCACGCGAGGCAGCAAGUGCGCUCGCCGGUCACCAACAUCGCCCGAACCUCGUUUUUCCACAUCAAGCGAGCGAAUAUUUGGAUGGCCGCGGUCACCAAGCAGAAUGUGAACGCCGCCAUGGUGUUCGAGUUCAUGCUCAAGGUCAUCGACGUCAUGCAGUCCUAUUUCGGAAAGAUUUCGGAGGAAAAUAUCAAGAAUAACUUUGUGCUUAUCUACGAGCUGCUUGAUGAAAUUCUGGACUUUGGCUACCCCCAGAACACUGACACUGGUGUGCUGAAAACCUUCAUCACCCAGCAGGGAAUCAAGUCGCAAACUAAGGAAGAGCAAGCCCAGAUCACCUCUCAGGUCACCGGCCAAAUCGGUUGGCGCCGAGAGGGAAUUAAAUACAGGCGCAACGAACUCUUCUUGGACGUCCUUGAAUACGUCAAUCUGCUUAUGUCUCCACAAGGCCAAGUCUUGUCUGCCCACGUUGCGGGAAAAGUUGUCAUGAAGUCUUAUCUGUCUGGCAUGCCCGAGUGCAAGUUCGGAAUCAACGACAAAAUUGUUAUGGAGGCCAAAGGCAAGGGAAUGACAACCGAGGAUCCGGCCAGGUCUGGAAAACCAGUGGUUGUCAUUGAUGACUGUCAGUUCCAUCAGUGCGUCAAACUUUCCAAGUUUGAGACCGAGCACUCCAUUAGCUUCAUUCCGCCUGAUGGUGAAUUUGAGCUCAUGAGAUAUCGCACAACCAAGGACAUAUCUCUGCCAUUCCGAGUGAUCCCGCUGGUCAGAGAAGUUGGUCGAACAAAAAUGGAGGUCAAAGUGGUGCUCAAAUCCAACUUCAAACAGUCGCUGCUUGGACAGAAGAUUGAAGUCAAAAUUCCAACCCCCCUCAACACCUCCGGGGUGCAGCUCAUCUGCCUUAAGGGAAAGGCAAAGUACAAGGCCUCUGAAAACGCCAUUGUUUGGAAGAUCAAGAGAAUGGCUGGCCUGAAAGAAACACAGCUCUCUGCAGAAAUUGAACUGCUGGAAACUGAUACCAAAAAGAAGUGGACCAGACCUCCCAUUUCCAUGAACUUUGAGGUUCCAUUUGCACCUUCCGGCUUCAAGGUGCGCUACCUGAAGGUGUUCGAGUCCAAACUGAACUACUCUGACCACGAUGUGAUCAAAUGGGUGCGCUACAUUGGUCGUAGCGGGCUGUAUGAGACGCGCUGUUAAUUGUCUGUCAAAUCAACGGGGAAUCUCAAGUGUAAUCCGACAUUUAAUCUAACAAAAAGAAAUUCAAGUCGACCACAUUCCAGCUACCAGAUAAAGUUGUUCGGGCCUUUUUAACAUGCUGCACACAAAAUCGCAUGAGGGUAGGACAAUAACGAGGCAGAUGAAACUAAAAAUAAAGAGGAUAUAUCUUAUGUAGUUCCAGAAUUGAAAGAAAAAACCUUACGGUUUAUCUUGUUUCGAGUGUGCUGGUGAUAAAUCUAUUCUAUUAUUUGUCGGUUGAACCUAUUUUCUAUUGUAGUUUUGUUACGAACUUUGUUGAGCCUCAUUAAAAAACAUCAGCUCUUGUUUUUCCAAAUAAAAAAAAUUAAGUAUCCUGUAAAAUCGAAGUAGUGGCAUAUAUGUAAGAGGUAUGUGUAUGAAAUGGAUAUCAAUAUGAUUAAUAUGAAACAGUUACUGUUGCAGCGAUCAAGCAUAAAAAUGUAUGAUGCAUUCAAAUAAAUGAUAUGAUGUUAUAGAAGUCAA